CGCAACAGGCCCUAUAUACAUCACCGCCGCCGGACCUUUUGCGUCUCCCUAACGUACCUCGAUCCGCUUGACGCCUUCAUCCGGGGCCUGACGCGACAGUACAAGAUAUUGCACCUGCAAUGGAGGUGGAUAUGACACCUGUGCCCUACCGUACACGCUCGACGACCAAACGCGCCCGGUCACCCUCCUCUCCCACACAGUACGAUCGCCCUUCGAAACGGUUUUCGAGCGGACACGACACGAGCAUGCCGUUUCCCCCCUCAUCCUUCCAUCCUGUUGCGACACGCCUCCGAGGAAGUCCUGAAGACUGGGUAUCGCAGACGCAGGACCUGCGUCUUGGGAGUCCUCUGGAACAAAGUCGUGUAGGCACGCCAGUGGAGGUUCAAGGAGAAGAGGUGCGCAUAGAUGAAGUUAUGGUCGAUGAGCCAAUGUGUGAAAAUGACAAUUCCAUGUCCAUUUCACCGACAAGGCGGUCCUCGACACUGCUCGAAACGCCUCAGGCUCAAUACCUCCGCCCUUCAGGUGGUUCCGUGUACCUACGAUCUGGUACCACUCAGUCAUUCCAAAAUCCGAACCAGCUCCAGAUACCUGCCAUACAUGUCCAAGCUGCUACCCCCUCUCCUGUACAAUUGGCCCCUCCGAAUAUCCUCAACGAUGACUCCUUGCCUGUUUCUGGGUCGCCCUUCGCUCCUGCUCACAACCUGGGCGUCCCUUUGGCUCCUUCACCCCUGUCGUCCAUGCCUCCCGACGAAUCGCCGCACCCCUACACAACGCCUGGACCUCCUAAGAAACAACGCUUCACAAUGGGCCCUCGUGCUGACUGCGAGAUGUGCCGGACGCGGGUGAAGGGUCACUAUAUGCAUUUCGACUGA